ACUAUAACGUGAAACAGUUCUCCAGACAGACCAUUUUUAUCAAUGAGUAAUUAGUCCGCCACUGUGUAAACACUACGAAUCAAAGGACAUUUAAAACACUUUACUACGAGUUUACUCUCAUUCGUUCGCAGACUUUCAUUCAGCUGAGUUCGUUUUCCACUCGCGCGUGUGACCACUCUCGAUUUUACUUCUUUCUAUAUCCGUAAAUUUUUUCUCAAAUCUUAUUUUUAAAAUUGGACUUUUAUUUGAAAAAAUGCGUGUUGCAAUUAUUGGAGCCGGUGCAGCAGGUCUGGCAUCUGCCAGACAUGUGUCCCAGUCUGGAUUUGACCUGGACGUGUUCGAAAUGAGACCGGAACUUGGUGGUACAUGGGUCUAUACCGAAGAUGUUGGAAAGGACAGAUACGGUUAUCCAGUUUAUUCUGCCAUGUACAAAGGUUUAAGAACCAAUUUACCAAAGGAAGUUAUGGGAUUCCCAGAUUUCCCAAUUCCGGACCAAGAAAAAUCUUAUCUAAGUCAAGCAGAAAUUCUAGAUUUCCUCAAUCUCUAUGCGGAUAGGUUUGAAUUGAAGAAGUACAUCAAGUUUAAUACUAUAGUAAUGGAUAUUCGACCACAAAAUGAGUCCUGGAAAAUUACGUGUAUCGAAAAACCAACAGGAAAGGUAUACGAUAACAUUUAUGAUGCGAUCAUGAUAUGCAAUGGUCACUAUAAUGAUCCCAUUGUACCAAAACUCCCAGGACAAGAGUUAUUUACUGGUACCAUAGAUCACAGUCAUAAUUUCCGCGAUCCCGAAAGGUUUAGAGGAAAGAAGGUACUUGUUGUUGGAGCUGGGCCUUCUGGACUUGACAUAACUCUACAAAUAUCUACUGUAGCUGAAAAUGUGGUACUUAGUCACCGUGUUCCUGACCCUAUUAAAACUCAAUAUCCAGAAAACGUGCAACUGAAGCCUGAUGUACAACGUAUCCUUAACUUCAACAAGGUGGAAUUUAUAGACGGAUCUUGUUGUUGUUUCGACGAAAUAUUAUUCUGCACCGGUUACAAGUACAGCUUUCCAUUCCUUCACGAUUCUUGCGGUAUCACCGUUGACGAUAAUCACAUUCAACCUCUAUAUAAGCACAUGAUACACAUCCAGAGGCCCACCAUGUGUUUCAUUGGUAUACCUUUUAAUGUGUGCGCCUUCCAAAUGUUCGAUUUACAGGCUAGGUACUUCUGUAAGUACCUUGACAAGUCAAUGCAACUGCCGCCUACUAAGGAAAUGGAAAUACACACCGAAACAGAUAUUGAAUUCCGCAAAUCCAAGGGAUAUACAAAGAGGCAAAUGCAUAUGAUGGGUUCCUACCAGGAAACGUACUACAAUGAUUUAGCUGCCGAUGCCAAAACUACCCCUAUUGCACCCGUUUUAGUAAAGCUCAGAGAUCUAAGCGUCAAAAGAUUAUACGACGAUUUACUGAACUUUAGAGAAGAUAAGUACAAAAUUGUAGAUGAACAGAAUUUUGUGAAGGUGUUAAAUUAGGCUUAAGUAGAUGAAUUUAAACUUGAUGGUUGGUUACUUUCACUAUUAUAAUCACUUGCUUAUUGAUUUUGAAGAAAAUCAAUAAGGUGUUUAUAAUAUUGAAAACAUAUCCAAUUAUUAUUGUUAUUCAUUAAUAUUAUAUAUGUAAAAGGGUGUAUUAAUAUUACUUUGUUUAAUAAAUAUUUAUUGCUUUUAUACAUAACUUAUGGAUAUAAUAAAAUAUUAUUUAUCAAAAUAGUUACUCUCCAUAUCUCCUAUAGUUCAUAAAAUAAAAAUUUUUAGAACGUACAAACAAAUAUAUUUAUUCGUAAAGUCAGAAAUAUACUUUGAAAUAA